AAGAUGGGCCAUCUCGACGAGCAGCUGCAUCAGCUCAACGGGCUCGACGAGCGUUUUGCGCAUGGAAUUCCCUCGAAAAGGCCUAAUAGCUUACCUGGUCCGGAGCAUGAUUUUGUAAAUCGAAAUAUACCACCACCUGAUCCACGGCCUCCUGCAAUGGGAUACAUGCCUCUGCCCGAGCCUCGCGCAGAACUCUUGCACAACUUCUCCCAGGAUCCAUAUCACUUUGCAGACAGACGGACUGACGGAACGAUGAAUGGAAAGGGUCUCAGCCUGCGUACCAUGACGAAUACUGCCUCCAUGCCCGAAUACGCCUACCUAGAACGCGCCGAUACCAAUUCACCAUCCCAGAGAGCUCAAUCAACUCCUUUGGCAGGAAUCCUUUCAUUGUCCUCCAUGUAUCCUCCACCACGGCUUGACGAGAAACCUGAGGAGGCAAUAACAUCACCCAGGAACGAUAGACUCCUCCCGUCGUUCCAUCAAUUGAGCAAGAUAGCCGAUAGUGCAACCGAAGCAACUGACACAAGGACUACUGGAUUGCCGGCCCUCACUGCAUAUGCCGGUCAAGUCAUUGCGCAGACUGUCGCCACUUCUCUCCCACACCACUAUCCACCAUCACAACAGUCCAGUCCUUCGCCCAAUUUCAUGCUGCUUGGUCACACAUCACCUACGAAUAUCCGAGCCGACGGUCACGAAAUGUAUGCGCCCUCGCAGUCGCAGGCUCAGUUCACUGCUCCAAACGAUCGUAAUCCCAGACGCAAUGCCCGGCCUCCACCCUUCAUCCCCUCCAUGACUUCGUCGUCCAUGGGAAAUGGAUCUUCUACAGAUACUAUGAGCAGCCUUCAGAGCCGUCAAAGCUCAGAUGCUGGAGGACGCAGUACUGCCAAUACCACUCCUAUGGGCUCUACUCCAUCAUCCUUAGAUGGUAUAACAAAAGCGGUGCCUCGAUUGCAAACAUCGACCUCAGCACCUGGAGGUUUCCUUUGCGAUCAUCCUGGUUGUGCCGCUCCACCUUUCCAAACUCAAUACCUUCUCAACUCGCAUGCGAAUGUCCACAGCUCAAGCCGUCCGCACUAUUGUCCUGUCAAAGGCUGUUCAAGAAGCGAGGGAGGCAAGGGAUUCAAGCGCAAGAACGAGAUGAUCCGACAUGGGCUAGUCCACGACAGCCCCGGUUACGUGUGCCCUUUCUGCCCCCUCAGGGAACACAAAUAUCCUCGUCCGGAUAAUUUACAAAGACAUGUUCGCGUCCACCAUGUGGAUAAAGACAAGGAUGAUCCUUUGCUACGGGAAGUUCUGGCCCAGCGACCUGAAGGUGGUGGCCGAGGACGCCGUCGGCGAACAGGUCCUGCUUGA